AUGGCCUCUCGAUCGGUCGCGAGGGUCGUCACCCGACGAACGCCUUUCGUUCCCCUGGGCUCGACCGCAAACUUCUCUUCUUCGGCGUCCCGCGCAGCCACCCCAGCGGGCCCCCCCUCAGCCCGGCUUCCGUCUCCCCCCGCCCAAGCGAUGGGACCAGGGUGCCGAGUCCGCGCUGGACAAGGCCAGCAAAUACUUCCUCAUGUCCGAGAUCUUCCGUGGCAUGUACGUGGUGCUGGAGCAGUUUUUCAGACCACCGUAAGUUCCUCGCCAGCGCCAAUGGAGAUGGGAUGGAGCUCAUACACUAUCUUCUACCCGUUCGAGAAGGGUCCCAUCUCUCCCCGUUUCCGCGGUGAGCACGCCCUGCGCCGCUAUCCGACCGGCGAAGAGCGCUGCAUCGCCUGCAAGCUCUGCGAGGCUAUCUGCCCGGCCCAGGCGAUCACCAUUGAGGCGGAGGAGCGUGUGGACGGAAGCCGCCGGACGACCCGUUACGACAUCGACAUGACCAAGUGCAUCUACUGUGGCUACUGCCAGGAGAGUUGCCCCGUGGACGCUAUUGUUGAGACUUCCAACGCCGAGUACGCCACCGAGACCCGUGAAGAACUGUUGUACAACAAGGAGAAGCUGCUCGCCAACGGCGACAAGUGGGAGCCGGAAAUUGCGGCCGCUGCUCGUGCGGAUGCUCCCUACCGAUAA